AUGGGGACGGUAUGGCGUGCAGCGUGCGUCAGAGACCAGGACAGGAAGUUAACGUGCCUCGAGCUUGUUUCACGAGAAAAGGCAGAGCUGGGUGCUGCCAUUGGCUGCCGCCAACAUGCGAUUCAACGCUUGGUUCCCCGAGCAGCUCCAGGUCCUCACCCGCUGCCGGCGCGGCGCAAGCAGCAGCCGAGGCAGAGUUCUCAGCUGAUGCUACAUUUUGGUGCAUUGCCAAUGUCUGCGAUCGGUCGCAUUGCGCUCACUACGUCGGAGUGGAGACCAGUGCUGCAUGGCUACGCCAUGGAGGCGGCUGAGCUCAAGCUGCACAUGAACCGCAUCUCCGCGGCGUGCCUGGUGGAUGCGGCUCUGUGCACCGUCAUAGACAUCCUGGAUGAAGACAUCGAUGGGGAGUACACCUUGGCUGGCACCGAUCGCGGGGAGGCAGAGAUGCCGACUCUGAUAGCCCUGAUCGUCCAAGCCAUGCAGCUCCAUCCCGCAGCGCCCGAGGUCCAAGCCCGCGGAGCGACCUGCAUCGGCUUGUUGGUACCCUUUGUCGAGUACGCCUCACUGCAAGCGGUGGCACCAGCGGCCAUCGUUGCCGUGCCGUAUCCCAGUGAAAGGAUCGCAUGA